CUUAAAGAUUUUAGUUUCCGUUCGUUUUUCAGUGCGUGGUGCCUUGGUCUUUACCACUUGCUUCAGAGUAGAACUUGUACUCUGUGAUUUCACUGCAAUUGACGAAAAAAGCGGAUUGACUUUCGAAUGCAGGAGAAUAGAACACUAGUUAAUGAACAACCAAAUGUUUUUCCAGGUUCUACCUCUGCAAACCCAUCGAAAUCCGCCCUCAACAUAAUUAGUGAGACCAUCGGAAACAUCGAUUACUUAUACGAGCAAAAUGACCUGUUUGUCACGCAAAACAUUCUUCUACAGAGGGCACUUUGUUUAAGUGAAAGCUCAAAGCUGUCAAUGCUUGAUGAAAUGAAAACUGUAAUUCAAUUUAGUCAAAAUACUGAAACACGGCUAGAUCGAUUGACACUUGAAAACGAAAGAUUAUUAAAAGAAUCCGAGACUUGUGAACGGCUGUGUUCGGAAUUCAGACAGGAGAAUCAAUACUUAGCAAAUGCGUUUACGGAUUUAAAAGAGUUACGUUUAGAAGAGGAACUACACUUGAAAGCUAUUGCUGCGAGAAUGUUUAAACUGGUUGGUUCCGAUCCAACACAAGUAUCUCAAACAAACGCUCUAUCACGUUUGAAGACCGCUGCGGAAAUGCUAGAAGCCGAAUGGCCAUUAAAAAAUGAAACAAUUCGUUCUUUACAAGAGAAAGUUAAACAACUUCAAGACGAGCUAAAACUCUCAGCCUCCCGUUCAAACCAAACUCAUGAGAUUUUUAAUGGACCAAAUUUAAUUGCCGCACAUCAGCUAGAAACAUUUAACGAAAACACACAGCAGGAAUUUGAGCUUUGUCAAUCGUGCUUGGCAAGGUUACACAAGGCACACAGUGAAUCGCGAGUCAACAAUAUUCUUCGCAACCUAUCAAAUUAUGCCAAUGCUGAUCCAAGUGGUCCUAACGAGUUAGAGAAUGUUGCUGAAGUAUCAUGUGCUCAGCUUGAACCUUCAAGUAAAAGUUCCGAUAUCUAUUUGAGCGAAGAUGCUUUUUCUUCUUAACACGAAACGGCAAGAACUUGUGGUGCAGGAUUACGAUAUCAGUUAAACCUUCAGACACUUUCUCAAACCUCCGCGAACAAUUCACACUUAAACAUCAUCAUUCUUAUUAAUUGAAUAUUUCUACAAAACGCAACAAUGUUGCCUCCAUAAAUACUCAUAAUUACUCAAAGACUAAUGUUCAUCCAAUUUAUACCUUCACUCAAGUUUGACUGUCUAUGUAAUAAUUUUUUG